UACACUGAUUUCUACUCCUCCAAGGAUCACGCCACUAAUGUCGGUAUCAUGUUUCGAGGAAAGGAGAAUGCUUUGAUGCCAAACUGGUUGAGGCUUCCAGUAGGAUACCAUGGCAGAGCAUCAUCACUGGUUGUGUCUGGAACCCCGAUUCGCCGCCCUUGUGGCCAGAUGAGGCCUGAUACAACAAAACCUCCAAUCUUUGGUCCUUCCAAGCAACUGGACAUUGAGCUUGAGAUGGCAUUCUUUGUUGGUGGAGAAAGUCAGCUGGGGGAGCCUAUUCCCAUCAACAAAGCCCACGAACAUAUCUUUGGGAUGGUACUUAUGAAUGACUGGAGCGCUAGAGAUAUUCAAGCUUGGGAGUAUGUUCCUCUUGGACCUUUCCUGGGAAAGAAUUUUGGGACGACAAUCUCACCCUGGGUUGUGCCAAUGGAAGCACUUGUACCUUUUGCAGAGUCUAAUCCCUUGCAGGAUCCCCAACCUCUCCAAUACCUACAACAUGAAGAUGCCUAUACCUUCAACAUUAACCUGUUUGUGUCACUCAAGGGUCAGGACAUGACUGAGGCUGUAAACAUCUGCAGUUCAAAUUUUAAAUACAUGUACUGGACAAUGAAGCAACAGCUCACCCAUCACACAAGUAAUGGCUGCAAUGUCAGACCAGGAGACUUACUGGCUUCCGGUACCAUCAGUGGGCCCAACCCUGGCAGUUUUGGUUCCAUGCUGGAGCUGUCUUGGGGAGGGUCAAAGAGUAUUGACAUUGGAGGAGGAAAAGCUAGAACAUUCUUGAAGAAUGGAGAUGAGAUCACCAUCACAGGUUACUGUGAAGGAGAUGGAUACAGGGUGGGGUUUGGACUCUGCAAAGGAACCAUCCUCCCAGCCCUAAAUCACUGAAACCAACAGUUAUUGCUAAAGUCAAAUAUAUAUAAAUAUAUCCAAUCAACUUUUAUGCUUCCAAUUCUAAUACCGAUCACCCUUGAAGGCCAAUCUUUGCCGAUCACCUAGAUUGGCUGUUAAUUUUUCGCUAAUUAUAGCAGUAUUUAUACAUAAGUAUAAAUACUGCUAUGUGAUCUGGCAAAAUGGAAAAAUUACCUGGCAAUGUAUUUACCUUAUUUAGACAUAAACUACUAAAUAUUUGCAGGCACAAUACAGCAGCUAUUCAGUCAAAAGGACAACUGAAAAACCUGCAAUCACUAAAAUAAUAUUUAACAGUAGGUCCUCAGUACCAUAAAUUAUUCAUGUCAAAUAAAUCUCAAAACACUGCCUAUAUCAAAUAAUGUCAAGAAGAAAGAAAUAUUCAUUCAGAGUCAAAUGCAGGU